CUUUCAUCCCCUCCUGCCUUUUACUCACAUUUCAAGAAAUCCUCUCUCUCUCUCUCUCUCUAAGAAUUCUCUAUUUCAACUCAUAAAUCUGACCGGACCGUACAAGCUUUUGACAAAAUAUGUGUGGCGGUGCUAUACUUACCGACCUCAUUCCACCCAGAAAAGGAACUCGCCGGGUUUCGUCUGCCGACCUCUGGCCUACUUCUCCUUUCGCUUCCAAACCCACAUUCCCUCCCCAUCUUACUGAGGAUUUUCAUCAAACAUGUGAAGAGCAUGAUGAGGAAAAGCCACCUAAAAGGCAAAGAAAGAAUCUUUACAGAGGAAUCAGGCAGCGUCCAUGGGGAAAGUGGGCUGCUGAGAUUCGUGAUCCUAGGAAAGGAGUUAGGGUAUGGCUUGGUACCUUUAACACUGCUGAAGAUGCUGCUAGGGCAUAUGAUAGGGAAGCUCGGAAGAUCAGAGGAAAGAAGGCUAAAGUUAAUUUUCCCAACGAAGAUGAUGAUCAGAUUGUUUCGCAUCAAUAUAAUCCUUCUCCUCUUCUUCAAUCUGACGGCGGUUUCAGUCCAUAUCCGACUCAAUUUGCUGAAUACAAUUACAAUAAGUUCUAUCAAGGUGGAGGAGUCUGUGGAUCUGGAUCGGUAGGUGAGACUGGAUUUGAAGACUCUAUCAACGAGGCGGCGGAGGUGAAAAAGGAGCAGUUUGUUGAUGACAGGAUGAAGAAUGGAGAACCAGUGGUGAUGAUCAAUGUGGUGGAGGAGGAGAAAGAAGAAGAGAAUGAAGUUCUAAAGAUGUCGAAAGAGCUCAUGGCCUUUGAAUCCUACAUGAAAUUCUACCAGAUUCCUUACAUCGAUGGUCAAUCGGCGAUUGCACCGGCUAAUCAGUUGCAGGAAUCCGGCAUCGGCGGCAGUACACUGGAUCUAUGGAGCUUUGAUGAUGUUCAUCUCGGCGCAGCUUGAAGAAUCUCUCUCUCUCUCUCUCUUUGAAAGAAUCAUGAAUUACUGGAUGCUUGUUUUUCAGUUUUGGAUCUUAAAACAGCUUUUGUUCUUCCUAGAAGAAAACAUCUUCUUUAGAUUCCUUUUAUUUAUAUUAUUCUUUUAAUAAUAUGUUUGAACAUAAUCAUCAAUAUUUAUAUUUCUUAA